AUGGCCUGCAUCGGUGCUGCAAAUGCCUGCGUGGACAUCGAUGCUCUGUUCGCGAGCUGCUGGGAGCAAAAUGACUCCCUCACUCGCUUCGUCUGCAGCAUGAUUGCAGCUCCACGCCUGGCCGUUUCCAGUUGGACCAGGCCGUGCGAGCAAGCAGCAGUGGACGUGCAGUCGGUUCCCGUACUUCCUGUUGUCGCUCGUCUUGAAGAAACCGCGUCAGCACAUGCGGAGCUUGAAACCGUUGCUGUGGCCGUGACUGUGGAUGCAUCAACUUCGAAUGCUGCCGUUUCAACUGUGGCUGAGGAAGCUGAGGAAGCUGAGAAAAUGAAAGAACCGAAGAAGAAAGCCUACUCGUUCCUGGAGCUGCUUGCUCAAGAGGACUCUGUUGUCUCACGUACCUCUUCCGUUGACUCAGUUGCUAGGAUUGAUGCUUCCUCAGCCAAGGUUGCGGCCUGGUUGGGUGUGAAAACUGGAUCAGAGCAUGAUGGGAAGAUGGGAGCAGAGGCAAAGCAGGGUGGGAAGCUGGGAGCAGAGGCGAGCAGCGGAUGGUG